GAUAAACCAGACGUUUACAUAUCCGGACUGCUUGAAGCAAUUUUCUAUCCCCUUUCCGACUUCAGUCUCUACCCAGUUUGUACUCUUAUAACACAUAACAAAAAAAUUCAGUGAUUAUGUCAAUAUUUCCUCUUCAGGCCUAACGGAUUCUCUACCUCACAGCGACCCCAAGAUGACGUUCCGUUUCCGGUUACCUAGUUGCCUUGGAAACUAGCACGCGCUACAAUUUGUCCGCUAUGGCGUGGCAAAGCAGCUCUAAAAUCCCCGACGGUGAGUUCACGGCGGUGGUGUACAGGCUCAUCCGCGACUCCCGCUACUCUGAGGCGGCGCAGCUGCUGGGCGCAGAGCUGCAGAGGAGCCCCCGGAGCCGCGCCGGGCUGUCGCUGCUGGCCUACUGCUACUACCGCCUGCAGGAGUUCGAGCUCGCUGCGGAGUGCUAUGAGCAGCUGAGCCAGAUGCACCCCGAGCUCGAGCAGUACCGCCUGUACCAGGCCCAGGCGCUGUACAAGGCCUGCCUGUAUCCAGAGGCCACCAGGGUCUCCUUCCUCCUGGACAACCCGACCUUUCAGACUCGCGUCCUUCGCUUACAGGCGGCUAUCAAGUACAGCGAGGGGGACCUGCCAGGAGCCAGGAGCCUGGUGGAGCAGCUGCUGAACGGCGAAGGUAUAGAAGACAGUGGAGGGGAGAAUGACCCAGAUAGUCUGGUCAACCUGGGUUGUCUGCUCUACAAGGAGGGACACUAUGAAGAUGCCUGUGCCAAGUUCUUAGCGGCCCUACAGGCUUCUGGCUACCAGCCUGACCUUUCCUACAACUUGGCUUUGGCCUAUUACAGCAGUCGGCAGUAUGCUCCUGCUCUGAAAUAUAUCGCUGACAUUAUUGAGAGAGGCAUCCGUCAACACCCAGAGCUAGGUGUGGGCAUGACCACCGAAGGCAUUGAUAUUCGCAGUGUUGGCAACACUGUGGUCCUCCACCAGACUGCUCUGGUCGAAGCCUUCAACCUCAAGGCAGCCAUAGAGUACCAGCUCAGAAACUUCGAGGUAGCCCAAGAAACCCUCACUGACAUGCCACCCAGGGCAGAGGAAGAGUUGGACCCCGUGACCCUGCACAACCAGGCCCUGAUGAACAUGGAUGCCAGGCCUACAGAGGGGUUUGAAAAGCUCCAGUUUCUGCUCCAGCAGAACCCCUUCCCCCCAGAGACCUUUGGCAACCUGCUGCUGCUGUACUGCAAAUAUGAGUAUUUUGACCUGGCCGCUGAUGUCCUAGCAGAAAAUGCCCACUUGACCUACAAGUUCCUCACACCCUACCUCUAUGACUUCUUGGAUGCCAUGAUCACUUGCCAGACAGCUCCUGAAGAGGCUUUCGUUAAACUUGAUGGGCUAGCUGGCAUGCUGACUGAGCAGCUCCGGAGACUCACUAAACAAGUUCAAGAAGCAAGGCAUAACAGAGAUGAUGACACUAUUAAAAAGGCUGUGAAUGAAUAUGAUGAAAUUCUUGAUAGGUAUAUCCCUGUCCUGAUGGCCCAGGCGAAAAUCUACUGGAAUCUUGAAAAUUAUUCAAUGGUGGAGAAGAUCUUCCGCAAAUCUGUGGAAUUCUGCAAUGACCACGAUGUGUGGAAGCUGAAUGUGGCCCAUGUUCUCUUCAUGCAGGAAAACAAAUACAAAGAGGCCAUUGGCUUCUAUGAGCCCAUUGUCAAGAAGAAUUACGAUAACAUCCUGAGUGUCAGCGCCAUUGUGCUAGCCAACCUCUGUGUUUCCUAUAUUAUGACAAGUCAGAAUGAGGAGGCCGAGGAGCUGAUGAGGAAGAUUGAAAAGGAGGAAGAACAGCUGUCCUAUGAUGACCCAGACAAGAAAAUCUACCACCUUUGCAUUGUGAAUUUGGUGAUAGGAACCCUUUACUGUGCCAAAGGCAACUAUGACUUUGGCAUCUCUCGGGUCAUCAAAAGCCUGGAGCCUUACCAUAAAAAGCUAGGAACUGAUACAUGGUAUUAUGCCAAAAGAUGCUUCCUGUCCUUACUAGAAAACAUGUCAAAGCACAUGAUAGUGCUUUGUGACAGUGUUAUUCAAGAAUGUGUCCAGUUCCUAGAGCACUGUGAAAUUUUUGGCAGGAGCAUCCCUGCUGUUCUAGAGCAGCCCUUGGAGGAGGAGAGACUGCACACUGGGAAGAACACGGUCACAUAUGAGUCGAGGCAGCUGAAAGCUUUGAUUUAUGAGAUCAUAGGGUGGAAUGUGUAGUAA